GCAUAUGUGUGUGAGUGCGUCGCGUGUGUGUUGGUGCCUGUAAAUGUGUGAGCCACAACAACAACAACUACAACAACAGCAGCAGCAGCCAGAGCCACAACCACAACAACAACAACAGUAGUUAACAGCAGCAACAAUUCUUAGCAGCAGCAGCAACAACAACAAUACAAGCAAGCACGCUCACAACAAAAGCAGCAACAGCAACAACAACCACAAUAGCAACUACAGCAACAACAACAUCAGCGGAUAGAGCGAGCAGCCAGGCACAACAUCGAUAGACAUCGAUUAACGCAUCGUGCUAAGCGGCGGGCGCUAAUCGAACAUGGCGCCUCGGAUAUAGUUGUAGCUUUAAUGUAGCAGGCGACAUCCAUGUGCCUCAUGCCUUGGAAAUCUAAGGCUCUCAUCGUUGGCCGCAUAGACAAUGACAGAAGAUUCCGACUCGAUAUCUGAGGAAGAACGCAGUUUGUUCCGUCCCUUUACCCGCGAAUCAUUGGUGCAAAUCGAACAACGCAUUGCCGCUGAACAUGAAAAGCAGAAGGAGCUGGAAAGAAAGAGAGCCGAGGGAGAGGUGCCGCAAUAUGGUCGCAAGAAAAAACAAAAAGAAAUCCGAUAUGAUGACGAGGACGAGGAUGAAGGUCCACAACCGGAUCCUACACUUGAACAGGGUGUGCCAAUACCUGUUCGAUUGCAGGGCAGCUUCCCGCCGGAAUUGGCCUCCACUCCUCUCGAGGAUAUCGAUCCCUACUACAGCAAUGUACUGACAUUCGUAGUUGUAAGCAAAGGAAAAGAUAUUUUUCGCUUUUCUGCAUCAAAAGCAAUGUGGAUGCUCGAUCCAUUCAAUCCGAUACGUCGUGUGGCCAUUUACAUUCUAGUGCAUCCAUUAUUUUCCCUAUUCAUCAUCACCACAAUUCUCGUCAACUGCAUCCUGAUGAUAAUGCCGACAACGCCCACGGUUGAGUCCACUGAGGUGAUAUUCACCGGAAUCUACACAUUUGAAUCAGCUGUUAAAGUGAUGGCACGAGGUUUCAUUUUAUGCCCGUUUACGUAUCUUAGAGAUGCAUGGAAUUGGCUGGACUUCGUAGUAAUAGCUUUAGCUUAUGUGACCAUGGGUAUAGAUUUAGGUAAUCUAGCAGCCCUGCGAACGUUUAGGGUGCUGCGAGCGCUUAAAACCGUAGCCAUUGUGCCAGGCUUGAAGACCAUCGUCGGCGCCGUCAUCGAAUCGGUGAAGAAUCUGCGCGAUGUGAUUAUCCUGACCAUGUUCUCCCUGUCGGUGUUCGCGUUGAUGGGCCUACAGAUCUAUAUGGGCGUGCUCACGCAGAAGUGCAUCAAGAAGUUCCCGCUGGACGGUUCCUGGGGCAAUCUGACCGACGAGAACUGGGACUAUCACAAUCGCAAUAGCUCCAAUUGGUAUUCCGAGGACGAGGGCAUCUCAUUUCCGUUAUGCGGCAAUAUAUCCGGUGCGGGGCAAUGCGACGACGAUUACGUGUGCCUGCAGGGGUUUGGUCCGAAUCCGAAUUAUGGCUACACCAGCUUCGAUUCGUUCGGAUGGGCUUUCCUGUCCGCCUUCCGGCUGAUGACACAGGACUUCUGGGAGGAUCUGUACCAGCUGGUGUUGCGCGCCGCCGGACCAUGGCACAUGCUGUUCUUUAUAGUCAUCAUCUUCCUAGGUUCAUUCUAUCUUGUGAAUUUGAUUUUGGCCAUUGUUGCCAUGUCGUAUGACGAAUUGCAAAAGAAGGCCGAAGAAGAAGAGGCUGCCGAAGAGGAGGCGAUACGUGAAGCGGAAGAAGCUGCCGCCGCCAAAGCGGCCAAGCUGGAGGAGCGGGCCAAUGCGCAGGCUCAGGCAGCAGCGGAUGCGGCUGCCGCCGAAGAGGCUGCACUGCAUCCGGAAAUGGCCAAGAGUCCGACGUAUUCUUGCAUCAGCUAUGAGCUAUUUGUUGGCGGCGAGAAGGGCAACGAUGACAACAACAAAGAGAAGAUGUCCAUUCGGAGCGUCGAGGUGGAGUCGGAGUCGGUGAGCGUUAUACAAAGACAACCAGCACCUACCACAGCACACCAAGCUACCAAAGUUCGUAAAGUGAGCACGACAUCCUUAUCCUUACCUGGUUCACCGUUUAACAUACGCAGGGGAUCACGUAGUUCUCACAAGUACACGAUACGGAACGGACGUGGCCGCUUUGGUAUACCCGGUAGCGAUCGUAAGCCAUUGGUAUUGUCAACAUAUCAGGAUGCCCAGCAGCACUUGCCCUAUGCCGACGACUCGAAUGCCGUCACCCCGAUGUCCGAAGAGAAUGGGGCCAUCAUAGUGCCCGUGUACUAUGGCAAUCUAGGCUCCCGACACUCAUCGUAUACCUCGCAUCAGUCCCGAAUAUCGUAUACCUCACAUGGCGAUCUACUCGGCGGCAUGGCCGUCAUGGGCGUCAGCACAAUGACCAAGGAGAGCAAAUUGCGCAACCGGAACACACGCAAUCAAUCAGUGGGCGCCACCAAUGGCGGCACCACCUGUCUGGACACCAAUCACAAGCUCGAUCAUCGCGACUACGAAAUUGGCCUGGAGUGCACGGACGAAGCUGGCAAGAUUAAACAUCAUGACAAUCCUUUUAUCGAGCCCGUCCAGACACAAACGGUGGUUGAUAUGAAAGAUGUGAUGGUCCUGAAUGACAUCAUCGAACAGGCCGCUGGUCGGCACAGUCGGGCAAGCGAUCGCGGUGUCUCCGUUUACUAUUUCCCAACAGAGGACGAUGACGAGGAUGGGCCGACGUUCAAAGACAAGGCACUCGAAGUGAUCCUCAAAGGCAUCGAUGUGUUUUGUGUGUGGGACUGUUGCUGGGUUUGGUUGAAAUUUCAGGAGUGGGUAUCGCUCAUCGUCUUCGAUCCCUUCGUCGAGCUCUUCAUCACGCUGUGCAUUGUGGUCAACACGAUGUUCAUGGCAAUGGAUCACCACGAUAUGAACAAGGAGAUGGAACGCGUGCUCAAGAGUGGCAACUAUUUCUUCACCGCCACCUUUGCCAUCGAGGCCACCAUGAAGCUAAUGGCCAUGAGCCCCAAGUACUAUUUCCAGGAGGGCUGGAACAUCUUCGACUUCAUUAUCGUGGCCCUAUCGCUAUUGGAACUGGGACUCGAGGGUGUCCAGGGUCUGUCCGUAUUGCGUUCCUUUCGAUUGCUGCGUGUAUUCAAACUGGCCAAGUCUUGGCCCACACUUAAUUUACUCAUUUCGAUUAUGGGACGCACCAUGGGCGCUUUGGGUAAUCUGACAUUUGUACUUUGCAUUAUCAUCUUCAUCUUUGCGGUGAUGGGAAUGCAACUGUUCGGAAAGAAUUAUCAUGAUCACAAGGACCGCUUUCCGGAUGGCGACCUGCCGCGCUGGAACUUCACCGACUUUAUGCACAGCUUCAUGAUCGUGUUCCGGGUGCUCUGCGGAGAAUGGAUCGAGUCCAUGUGGGACUGCAUGUACGUGGGCGAUGUCUCGUGCAUUCCCUUCUUCUUGGCCACCGUUGUCAUCGGCAAUCUUGUGGUACUUAACCUUUUCUUAGCCUUGCUUUUGUCCAAUUUUGGCUCAUCUAGCUUAUCAGCGCCGACUGCCGAUAACGAUACGAAUAAAAUAGCCGAGGCCUUCAAUCGAAUUGGCCGAUUUAAAAGUUGGGUUAAGCGUAAUAUUGCUGAUUGUUUCAAGUUAAUACGUAACAAAUUGACAAAUCAAAUAAGUGAUCAACCAUCAGGUGAGAGGACCAACCAGAUCAGUUGGAUUUGGAGCGAAGGCAAAGGCGUUUGUCGUUGUAUAUCUGCAGAGCAUGGUGACAACGAACUGGAGCUGGGCCACGACGAGAUCCUCGCCGACGGCCUCAUCAAGAAGGGGAUCAAGGAGCAGACGCAACUGGAGGUGGCCAUCGGGGAUGGCAUGGAAUUCACGAUACACGGCGACAUGAAGAACAACAAGCCGAAGAAAUCCAAAUAUCUAAAUAACGCAACGGACGACGACACUGCCAGCAUUAACUCAUAUGGUAGCCAUAAGAAUCGACCAUUCAAGGACGAGAGCCACAAGGGCAGCGCCGAGACGAUGGAGGGCGAGGAGAAGCGCGACGCCAGCAAGGAGGAUUUAGGUCUCGACGAGGAACUGGACGAGGAGGGCGAAUGCGAGGAGGGCCCGCUCGACGGUGAUAUCAUUAUUCAUGCACACGACGAGGAUAUACUCGAUGAAUAUCCAGCUGAUUGCUGCCCCGAUUCGUACUAUAAGAAAUUUCCGAUCUUAGCCGGUGACGAUGACUCGCCGUUCUGGCAAGGAUGGGGCAAUUUACGACUGAAAACUUUUCAAUUAAUUGAAAAUAAAUAUUUUGAAACAGCUGUUAUCACUAUGAUUUUAAUGAGUAGCUUAGCUUUGGCAUUAGAAGAUGUACAUCUGCCACAAAGACCCAUACUGCAGGAUAUUUUAUACUAUAUGGACAGAAUAUUUACGGUUAUAUUCUUCUUGGAAAUGUUAAUCAAGUGGUUGGCGCUCGGCUUCAAAGUGUACUUCACCAACGCGUGGUGUUGGCUCGAUUUCGUGAUUGUCAUGGUAUCGCUUAUCAACUUCGUUGCUUCACUUGUUGGAGCUGGUGGUAUUCAAGCCUUCAAGACUAUGCGAACGUUAAGAGCACUGAGACCACUACGUGCCAUGUCCCGUAUGCAGGGCAUGAGGGUCGUCGUUAAUGCGCUGGUACAAGCUAUACCGUCCAUCUUCAAUGUGCUAUUGGUGUGUCUAAUAUUUUGGCUAAUUUUUGCCAUAAUGGGUGUACAGCUUUUUGCUGGAAAAUAUUUUAAGUGCGAGGACAUGAAUGGCACGAAGCUCAGCCACGAGAUCAUACCAAAUCGCAAUGCCUGCGAGAGCGAGAACUACACGUGGGUGAAUUCAGCAAUGAAUUUCGAUCAUGUAGGUAACGCGUAUCUGUGCCUUUUCCAAGUGGCCACCUUCAAAGGCUGGAUACAAAUCAUGAACGAUGCUAUCGAUUCACGAGAGGUGGACAAGCAACCAAUUCGUGAAACGAACAUCUACAUGUAUUUAUAUUUCGUAUUCUUCAUCAUAUUUGGAUCAUUUUUCACACUCAAUCUGUUCAUUGGUGUUAUCAUUGAUAAUUUUAAUGAGCAAAAGAAAAAAGCAGGUGGAUCAUUAGAAAUGUUCAUGACAGAAGAUCAGAAAAAGUACUAUAAUGCUAUGAAAAAGAUGGGCUCUAAAAAACCAUUAAAAGCCAUUCCAAGACCAAGGUGGCGACCACAAGCAAUAGUCUUUGAAAUAGUAACCGAUAAGAAAUUCGAUAUAAUCAUUAUGUUAUUCAUUGGUCUGAACAUGUUCACCAUGACCCUCGAUCGUUACGAUGCGUCGGACACGUAUAACGCGGUCCUAGACUAUCUCAAUGCGAUAUUCGUAGUUAUUUUCAGUUCCGAAUGUCUAUUAAAAAUAUUCGCUUUACGAUAUCACUAUUUUAUUGAGCCAUGGAAUUUAUUUGAUGUAGUAGUUGUCAUUUUAUCCAUCUUAGGUCUUGUACUUAGCGAUAUUAUCGAGAAGUACUUCGUGUCGCCGACCCUGCUCCGAGUGGUGCGUGUGGCGAAAGUGGGCCGUGUCCUUCGACUGGUGAAGGGAGCCAAGGGCAUUCGGACACUGCUCUUCGCGUUGGCCAUGUCGCUGCCGGCCCUGUUCAACAUCUGCCUGCUGCUGUUCCUGGUCAUGUUCAUCUUUGCCAUUUUCGGCAUGUCGUUCUUCAUGCACGUGAAGGAGAAGAGCGGCAUCAACGACGUCUACAACUUCAAGACCUUUGGCCAGAGCAUGAUCCUGCUCUUUCAGAUGUCGACGUCAGCCGGUUGGGAUGGUGUACUGGACGCCAUUAUCAAUGAGGAAGCAUGCGAUCCACCCGACAACGACAAAGGCUAUCCGGGCAAUUGUGGUUCAGCGACCGUUGGAAUAACGUUUCUCCUCUCAUACCUAGUUAUAAGCUUUUUGAUAGUUAUUAAUAUGUACAUUGCUGUCAUUCUCGAGAACUAUAGUCAGGCCACCGAGGACGUGCAAGAGGGUCUAACCGACGACGACUACGACAUGUACUAUGAGAUCUGGCAGCAAUUCGAUCCGGAGGGCACCCAGUACAUACGCUAUGAUCAGCUGUCCGAAUUCCUGGACGUACUGGAGCCCCCGCUGCAGAUCCACAAACCGAACAAGUACAAGAUCAUAUCGAUGGACAUACCCAUCUGUCGCGGUGACCUCAUGUACUGCGUCGACAUCCUCGACGCCCUUACGAAAGACUUCUUUGCGCGGAAGGGCAAUCCGAUAGAGGAGACGGGUGAGAUUGGUGAGAUAGCGGCCCGCCCGGAUACGGAGGGCUACGAGCCCGUCUCAUCAACGCUGUGGCGUCAGCGUGAGGAGUACUGCGCCCGGCUAAUCCAGCACGCCUGGCGAAAGCACAAGGCGCGCGGCGAGGGAGGUGGGUCCUUUGAGCCGGAUACGGAUCAUGGCGAUGGCGGUGAUCCGGAUGCCGGGGACCCGGCGCCCGAUGAAGCAACGGACGGCGAUGCGCCCGCUGGUGGAGAUGGUAGUGUUAACGGUACUGCAGAAGGAGCUGCCGAUGCCGAUGAGAGUAAUGUAAAUAGUCCGGGUGAGGAUGCAGCGGCGGCGGCAGCAGCAGCAGCAGCAGCGGCGGCGGCGGGCACGACGACGGCGGGAAGUCCCGGAGCGGGUAGCGCCGGGCGACAGACCGCCGUUCUCGUGGAGAGCGACGGGUUCGUGACGAAGAACGGCCACAAGGUGGUCAUCCACUCGCGAUCGCCGAGCAUCACGUCGCGCACGGCGGAUGUCUGAGCCAGGCCUCGCCCCCCCCUCCAAGAUGCACGCGAGUAUUAGCAUGAGUACGUGUUGGAUGUUGCAUGUUGCAUCAGCGAUGCAGCAGCGACAGUGAGCUAACAACAACAGCAACAAGGCGAACAACAAGCAUAAUUUUCUGCUAUAUAAUGAAAGAACACCAUACAAACAAAUACAACAACAAUAACAGAUACAAACAAACAAACAACAACAACAACCACAUCAAGAGAACAAAGAACAACAACAACAAACCCGAUGAUAUAACGACGAAGAUGAACAACAACAACAACAAUUAGAACUUCAGUGUAACGUCUUUGAUUUGAAACAUACAUACAUAUUUGUAUACCCACAUUAUUCAGUUAACGAGUCAGCAACCAACAACAAUCAUACUUAAGCUAACCCGAAAUGUCUAAUUAAUUUAUAAGCAGCUCGUAGUCGAAUCCAUAUCCAUAUAGGCGUUUUUCCGAACAACUAUUUGCCUAAGCAGGUGGAUGAAGAAGAUGAAACCCACAAACACACUCACACACAAACACAAACACACUCCCACACAUCAACAUAAUCAUAAACAAUUAUAAUCCCCAGAAAGCAAAAAAAAACAAAAUCAAAUCAAAUCAACACGGAUAACAAAAUUAAAGAACGACGAACAAGCUCUAAAAAUUGUAUUUGCCAGUAGUGAGAGAACAAAAAACACGCUUUAUUUAAUUACCUACUUGCGAAACCUUAAAGCAAAUACCAAAUAACAAAAACAAUGAAAAUGGCGAGCAAAUGACGGUAAAGAUAAGGAAGCAGAAGCAAAUCCACAAAAAAAAAAACCAAUCCCCGAAAGCAACAUUCUAUAAUAAACAAGAUAAACCCUUUUAACUUAUUCUAAAUGAGAUGAGAACAACACCAAUUUGCAUAGAUUGUAUUGUAUGUAUGUACAUUUAUCCAGCUAAAUAAUGAAAAGCCAAAUGGUUAAAAUCAAAAGCGGACCCAAAACUAGAAACUAAAGCGACACCAAUAUAAAAACAAAUACCGCCUGAACUGCCAUUGAAAGCAAUACGAACCAAAAACUAAUGAAACAAACAAUAGCGAAAGCUGCUAGAUGUGAAAGUAUAAUCACACAACAUCCAUACACCCACUCACACCAACACCCGUACACACACACACACACACGCGCACACACAGAAGGAGGGGAAAAGGUCACCAGGAGAGUAAUAGGCAGACAGAGUUAUUUCACAUUCCGAUACGAUCGAACUAUAUAAUCGUGCAUUUCCUUUGCAGUUUCGAUUCAGGCGAUGACAUCCCAACCCAUUGGGUCAGCAAGAAAGUUCAAAGCAAACAUUUUAACCAUAAACAUAUUAGAGGUUAUGUCUCAUUUUGAGGUUAUGUCCUCCCUUUGAGGUUAUGUUCUCACUUUGAGGUUAUGUCCUCAACUACAUACACACCCCCACACACACACACACACACACACACAAAAACACCGACACAAAGCGACAACAGUACCGAACAAAUCCUUGGAGCUGGGGCGCAUGGAGCCGCAGAAAGUGAGAUAAAGACGAGUGAAACCUUCAACGAAGACCUUAGCAAUUCAAAUUUGAAUUCGAUCAGUCAAAAACCAAUUUACAAAAACAAUUAACAAAGAACGCUGAACGAAGAAUUAAGAACGAAGAAAACGCGCAAAAAGUGAAUAAAUGAAACGAACAAUGCCGAGAAUGUGAAGUGAAAGAGAACACAGUACCGAAACAAGUUUUAAGCGAGGCGAAGAAAGUGCUAAAAGACAAGAAAAUAAAAACAAUUCGGAAAAUAGCAGAAGAAGCGUUUGUGCCUAGCACAAAAUAAAAGAAAAAAAAACAGCAAAUAGAGAUACGAAAACGAGUGAACAAUUUGAACAAGUUUUUGUUUUCAAAGUGCUCUAUUUUCGCAUACUUCUUUUUAUCUUUAACCUACAAGUAAAGUCGAGCAAAGAUCGAGAUUAAUGGUUAACUACACAAUGAGCAAGGAGAGUAAAUACCAAACGAAUAUAUAUUACACAUAAUUAUAACAUAACUAAUUUAACUAAAAUACGAUAUUAAUACUGAAUUGAAUUCAAACAAAGUUUUAGCCAGAUCGCUUAAAAGCGUAGCACACUUUUCAGCGCCAGUCGCCUUCGCAUUCGCUUUCCUUUCCGUAUCCGCCGCAAUCGCGUUAUAACGAUAGACGAUGGAAAUGUGAGCAAACCGAAAAUCGAUAGCCGAUAACAAUCAAAAUAUGAAAAGAAAAAAAAAACAAAAAAAUGAAAGUAUUUCGAUCAGUUUUGCCCAAUUUUGCCAAGCUAAGCUUUGUUUGAAAAAGCUUUACUGCAUAUGAUUUCUUUGGUUUCUCUGUCGUAUAAUUUACUAGCUAGCAAUGCCUUUUUCGCCGCUGUUCAGUUAUGUAUCGACAAAACAACCGAUAACUGAUACCGAUUACGAUAACGAACAAUAAAACUUUAUCGAAUGGCCCCGCCACACUAAAGGUUGUGGAGCAGUUCGACCAGAGUGAAAAUUAUAUGUGAGGUUCCAUUGCGCACACAGUACACAGUACAGUACACACUCGCCACAUUGCCCAGUCACACUCACCCAACAUAUAGAAUCUCAGAUACAUACAUGUAAAUGCUUUGCUUUUGCUUUGAAAUUGCUGCAAUCGUAGGAGGUGAAUGGGAAACGAAUACUUUGGGAUCAAUGCGUUUUUUGGUUUUGACAAUAAAACAACUACCAAUUCACCCACUGACACUACUCACGUUUUUUUGGGUAAACAUACACAGUUACAGACAUGGGCAUUGAAAGAAACUUCUUUCAGUGACGAAACGAGCCUCUUCUCGCUGACUUGCUCUCACUCGUUCUCCAACACAACACGAAUUGAAACUGUUAUACGAAACAUGCUUUCACACACUGCUUGACUUCUAACUAUCUGUUAAAUCAAAUACAAAUGCGGAACUUGUUCUAAGCACAUCCACAUCUACCCACUAUAAGGUAAACAGCAUCUUACAAAAUUAAUCAACAUUGGGAAUUAACAAAUGACCCUCGGCCAGCCAAUGCCCUAAUUUGACAUACCCUUUGAUAUUCUGUUCCAUUCAGUUUUUUCUUAGUAGAUGCCAAUUUCCGGUUCUCAGUUCCUUUCAUUUAAUAUUUAAUGGCCAGAGUGUUUACAUUAACUUUCUGUGUUGGAUACCUGUAGUAAUUGUAUAACAGUACUAUAACCGUUACAUGAUAGUCCUACAUUAGUUGCUUGACACGCUCAUUACAGUUGUAUCUCUGUUAUACUAAGCGAUAAGUCAUUCGUAAGGCAUUUGUAUAACGGUUUAAUGCCACUGUAUAACAGUUGUAUAUCCGCUUGGUUUUUGCUUUACCAUAGAACACAACUGACUAUCUUAAAGAUUGACAACAAACACUCCAGUUACAUUCGGCCACUUUACAUCGAUCAACUGUCUUUAUUUGUUCGCAAGACAAUUAAUAAAAAGAAAACCUUUUGCAUCCAGCAAUAGCUUCCCAAUACUAGACCGUUUCGAUUUCACAAUGCGAUCAAUCACUAUUUAUCCUAGCCAACACAAAAAAGUAACGCAAACAACAAAAAAAUUGUAGAGUAAUAACUUGUGUACAUUAUGGGGACCAGUUUAAGCGUUGCCUUAAAGUCCAAAAAAUUAAGUGUUAAUUUAUUUGCGCACGCUUUUACAAGUGAGCUUUGUCGUUUAGAUCAGAUUAACCCCUUUUGUUUUGUGCCACGAACGGCACAUCCCCGCCAUCUUGACCCCGUGACCCCUUAACCCCUUAACCCCCAACUAAACCCCAAGACGUAACGCAAACCGACUCGAACAGACUCCAAUUUGGUUGGUCCUACAAUCAUCGGAUUACGUAUUUGUAUUUUAAACCCACAUUGAUUUAACGCUUGCCGAUUGCCAAUUUUGUAAAGACUUGAAUGUAGCUUCAUUAUUAUACAUUUUGUUGGCUGUUUGACAAAUAAUACGAGUACCCACUUUGAUGAAUAAUAGAUCACAUGGAAAUAACGCAAAACGAUAAAUCGCUUAGUCGAGAAUAAUAAACGAAACAUGCUAUAAACUAAUAACAGAAAAUUAAGUUUGAAAAUUCCGUACAAAAUGCAUAAGUUUAUCGAAAAAAGCAUAUAAUACUGAUUGAACUUAACGCAUAAUAUAUCUACUUAUACUGAGUGCACUGUUAUAAACGAGGGGCGGGGCGAGAAUAAAUAAAAAAAACAACAACAACAACAACAAAAACGAAUCAAACGAAAAAGAAAAAGAAAAACCAAACAUAUUAUAAUGGUAUAUACUUCAAGAUAUUCUACUAUCUAUGUGUGAAUAACAUCAUCUGCAAAACAACAGCCACACAUGAAGCUUAUGCGACAAGCAAACCGAAGAAAAGAAAUAAAAAAAAAAAAACUUAACAAGAUGUCGAGAGAGAAGAGAUACUCUAUAAUAAUAUAUGUGUAAAUUUACGAUAACAAAAGCCGAGAGAGAGGGAUAUGAAUUUUAGCAAGCGGUAAAUUCAAAACGAAACCGAAACGCAAAUCGAAAUCGAAAAGUUGAAAAUUAUAUAUGAGGACUCGAAGACGAAAAGGACGACGACGUCGUGAAGAAGGGAUGAUAACGAUAUUGAUAAGGAAAUCUAUUUCAUAUUUUUAGCGUACGUGUAAACAUAUUUUUUGUGCCGAGGUUACGUUCGAAGCAACACGCGCAUCAUUGCCAUUAGACAAAAUAAAAUUAAUUAUAUAUACAAUAUGCCUACAAAUAAUACAAAAAAACAAAAACAAAAAGAAAACUACCACUAAUAAUUAUAAAAAGAAACAAAAAACAAAACAAAACAACUGCAUAUUUUGUGCUGCUGAAGAAAGUCACAACGCAACAAAAACAUGAUAACAAUAAAACAUAUAUAAAUUUCUAACAAUUUUUGAGCAAUAAAAACCACACUCACACACACACACAAACACAUACAUAUACACGCUCAUCACAGAAGUUUGCCGAAUAUUUGCACCGCCACUGUAUGCCCAACGGGCGUGCGAAAGAGAGCGAGAUGGCGCUCCGCACUGCUCUUGCACACUUCGCACAGUGGCGUCGCAAAGUAUGCAACCAGGAAACAGAAACCAGCGUUCCCAAAUACCAAAUACAAAUGCAAUGGCAAAUGCUAGGAGAUGUUGCGCAUACAGUAAACGAUUAAACAUUUUUAGAUACACUUCGAAAAUCAAAGCGUGGAAAUUUCUAUAUUAGUUAAUAAUAAAUUCCUUUUUUUGUUAACUCACUAUAUUAAAAUGAAAACAAAGAUGGACAAAAACUUUAGCUUUAUACUCGUACAUUUGUAAUAUAUUACAUAAGUCUAGAUAAUUACAUAAAAACAAAGGAAAAAUAGAAAAUAUAUUAUAAAUUAUAAUUAUACAAAAGCAAAACCGAAAAAAAAUUUUACAAAUAAAAAAAACGCAAAAAAAAUCAAUAAAACCCAAAUCAAACGAAGCAUAGCAAAUGAAAUUCAAAGUAAAUUCAUAAAUAGCGUACAAAAAUCGAAAUACAAAAAAAAAAAAUAAAGAAACCCCAAAAACGAACUGUAAAAAAAGAGAAAACAUUUAAAUGUAAAACAGCCAGUUAUUAUGCAUAGCUAAUAAAAUUCAAAAUACAGAGCAGGAGCGUGAGACGAAUCCAAGAAAUAAGAACAAUUAUUGCAAUUAGAUAUUCUACAUAAAAAAUUCGAGAUCUUUAGUAAAACAUAGGUUGCAUAUACAACCACACACAAGCAAAACACACAGACACACACACACACACACACAUGCGCAUUCCUGAAUACAUCCGUAUAUGAGUACAAUUUGAUUUUCGGCGACCUGUGGAUAGGUCGUUAUCCUGAUUUCGAGUGCUAUCAGUUGCCAACCCAUCCAUUCAAGCACAUAGACAGACGCCAUUAAGGACCCACACGAGACACUGUACCAGACAGACCGCGAAUAAAAAGAAUGCCACGCCAAGCAACAGAGAUUAAGAUACCAAUCCAAGCCUAUACGAUACCGAAACCAAUCCAAACAGAACACACAAGAACACACAAUUACGAAAGUUGCCAUCCAGCGAAGUAUUUGCAAUUUAUAUUGAGAGCAAGAGUUAAUAGCCGUUUAUAUAAAGCCUGUUGAACACGAAAACAAAAUGAAAAAAAAAUGAGAAGAAAACCAAAAACAGACUGAAGAAAAUGAGAAUUAUUUAACAAGAAAAUUUAUAUAUAUGUAAUGAUAGCCAAUAGAGACAAGUGCAUCCAAGCUAUAUGAACAGAAUCACAAAUUGCCAAGCUGCUUUUACAUGCAUCCAGAGCUGAGCCCCAUCCACUCACUCGCACACACACUCACACACAUACACAGGGGGCCGGAUAUCCUGCCACGCCCCACACGACCGCCCACCCACGACACUCAGAUACACGAACACACUCACACACUGGCGAUUGAGUAGCUCAUGAAUAGAUUGAGAUGUGAGGGAAAUAUGUAUUUAUAUUUAUACACCAGCAAGCUAGCGAAAAUGGAUACAUGAUACUAAAGAGAAGCAUAAGUUAAAUAUACAUAUUAAUGGAAGUCUUAAACUAAAGCAACAGCAGAAACUGACAAAUGCAAAUGCAAAAAUUAGCGAGAUUACAAUGAAAACGUUUGCGAGGAGGAGACACAGGCACAGUUAGCAUAUUUUUUUUAUACAAAUACAAUUUAAGCAAACGAAUACGAAAAUCAACAAAUUGAAGUAAUUUAUUAGUGAGAAACCGAAGCAACUGAUGAUGUCUUUGUAAAGACUUUAUAUAUGCCUGCCAUAUGCCUACAUCUGCCUAGCUGUCUGACUCUAACACAAACACUGAAACACGAACACAAAACUUUCUCCCUCCCCUCACCCACUUUCUCCCACUCUCCCUAGCCUCUCUUUCUCUCGCUUGUGCAGACACAAUACAGACACAGACAGACAAACUCCUAAUUAGAACCAUUCACAUCAUUUGAAACAAGGGCUUACCUACCAUCGAUGAGAAGCGCGGAGAGAGGCGCACUAUGAACUGGUUGUAAGCGAUGCAGCCGAAAAGAAAGUGCUCAGUCUUCUUCUUCUUCUUGCCCUUGCAAGCUUUGUAUUUCAUUAGCCCAACCUGAUUUCUUAGCCCGUUUUUUUGGGGCAGCCUGCGUUGUGUCGUUGGCUCCCCUCGACCUCCAAAAAUUCCUUCAACCCGAGCCAGAGCCGUUGUUGAGCAACUCUAUUUGAUAGCAACUUCCCCGGCUACAAAUUCUUAGUGGUUCAAAUGGCUAUAGGACAACCGGACACAUACAAGCAUACACAAACACACACACCCACACAGACACUGAAAAUCUCCUCUUAAAGAUGAUAAAAGAUAUAUUCAUAUGAAUAUGUAUAUGUAUAGAAUAUAUAUAUAUAUAUAUAUGUGCGAUCAAGUAAAAGCAGCUAGAGAAAGUACCGAAAAACCAAAUAAGAAAUUGCUAAAAAUUAAUGACACCCGCCACUUUUCUACUAAAAAGAAAUCGACUGUAUAUAUAUACAAGUAUAUAUAUAUAUGUAUGAAGACAUAUAUACAUAUAUAUAUAUAUAUAUGAUAAUAUGAGUAUAUUUAUGUAGCAGUAUAACAGUAUGUAGAGUAUAACACUUUGUCCAAUUGCUUGACAAACAGAACCAUACACACACACAUAUACACACAAACAUACACAUACACAUACACAGCCAGGCACACGAUCUGCAUUUUGUUUUCUAGUUUUUUAAAGGGACAUUAACUUGUACUAGCGAUACUCUUAAUAACUAAAUCUUGCAAAAUAAUACGAAUAGGGCCAUCGCUGUCAUACAUUGUAAUGUUUUCGCCGGCACAACCUUCGAUUUUCGAUUGAAGCCAGCCUCUUGUUAUCAAUUUUUGUCGAUAGAAUACGAAUACGUGUAUUUACUACCAACCACAGAUAAUCCAUUCAGUUUGCCCAGAAACACACAUAUUAAUAUAAAUAUACCUGCAUAUAUAUUUUUUUUAUAACAACAGCAUAUGGGAAAUCUGUAUGGGACGACAAAUGAAACACAACAACAAUUUUUGUAUGUAUUCAUUUUUAUUAAAAAGAAAACGAGAAAAACAAAAGGGAAAAUACAAACCGGAAACCAAAAAGAAAACAGAGAACACUCGUAAAACACACGGACAGACAAAAAUUGUUUUUAUAAAGAUAUAUUCGAUUAAUAUAUUUAAAAUAAAGUAAAAAAACAAAAAAACAAAACAAAAAUUAAAGAAAAGAAAAGAAACAAACGCCUGAAUUAGUUUAUUACGCAAAAGAAAAGGAUUAUAAUUAGUUAAUUCCAAAUAAAAUAAAACAAAAAAAAAAAACAACCAUACCCAAAAACAAAAAGGAAACCAAAACUGCACAAUAACAUCUAAAUGUAAAAAUAUGAACUAAAAGAAAGCAAAUACAAAGGAAAGCCCAAAGAAAAUGAGAUAAAAGUAAACGAUUUUUAUUUCCAUUAUAUAUAAAUAAUUAACGCUUUUUUAGUUCUUAAACAAGUUGCAUAAUUUAUGUAUAAUUUAUAAAGAAAACCCAACAUUUAAAAUAAAUCAAAUUAAUAAAGGGGCAACCUAAAAAUAUUGUAAUUUAAUAAAUGAAAAAGAAAGAAAAAAACAAUACAAAAACAAAAGGAUAUAUAUAUAAAUUAAAAGCGAAAUUUUUUCACACUUUAGCUUAAUAAAUUGUAAAAAAUACAAAAAAACAAACAAACAAAACUGAAAUAAAAUGAGAUUUAAUUGAAUUUGUUAUGCAAAUGAAAAACUGUUCGUGU